AAGGUAGAUUACUCAGCUAGAUCCAAAUUUAGCGCGGAAUUGACAGGAGAAAAACAAGUAGCCGCAUCUGUAACCGUCAGACAUCGGAAUGCCGGGUUUGUUGGAAACUUGUAGAGAAUGUUUUGGUACAGAAGAUUUAUACAAAGUCAUCGGGGUACAGAAAACAGCAAACGAGGCUGAAGUGAAACGUGGCUACCAUCGUCUGUCGCUGAAGGUUCAUCCUGAUCGUGUGGAGGAAGAAGAAAAGGAGGAUGCUACAAAGAAAUUCCAGACAGUCGGCAAAGUAUACAGCAUUUUAUCCGAUAAGGACAAGAGAGCCGUUUAUGAUGAAUCAGGUGAGGUAGAUGAUGAGGAUGGUAUACAGGAGGACAGAGACUGGGUCGACUACUGGCGAUUACUCUUUCCAAAAAUCACAGAAGAAGACAUCAAGAAUUUUGAAUCAAAAUACAAAGGAUCAGAGGACGAACGAGCUGACCUCAAGGAGGUGUACACCACAUUUGAGGGAGAUAUGGACGAGAUUAUGGAACAUAUGAUGUGCUCUAGCAUUGAGGACGAACCUCGAUUUAUAAAAAUUUUCAAAGAGUUAAUUAAGAAAAGGGAAGUUCCUGACUAUGAAGCAUUCAGUAAAGAAAAUAAGAAGAAAACCGCAUCAAGGAAGCGAAGGGCCCAGGCAGAGGAGAAGGAGGCUGAGGAGGUGAAGAAAAGCCUUGGGGUAGGGGCUGACGACUCCCUACAGGCUCUCAUUCUUAGCAAACAAAAGGGACGGGCUGCUCAGGCAGAUGACUUUUUCGCUAAUCUGGAAGCUAAAUACGCUCAACCAAAGAAGGCAAAGGGAAAGAAAAAGUGAUGUAGAGGGAGGAAUCUUCUACAGGUGUAGACAGUGUUGAUGUAGAGGGAGGAGUCUUCUACAGCUUAUUCAGCAUACAGUCAGGUAUUUUGUCUCCAAAGAGACACGGAUAAGUCGAACCAUCAGAUAAGUCGAAUAUUUUGCUUGGUCUCGUCGACUUCGACUUAUCCGAGUUUUACUGUACUUCCAAAUAGAUUAGUCCUACAAUGUCUUAAAACAUUCUCACGUUUCAUAUUUUUAGCUCACAUUAACAAAGUUGAAGGAGAAUAAUGUCAGUAUUGAAGUUACAAGUGAUAUAAACAAAAAUCACAAUUGAUGUGUCAAGAGAUGUUUUGUACAUUAAUGUUUAUGUUUGAUUGACACCCUGUUUGCUGAUGUCUCAUGCUGUGGUUAAGAAGAAUAGUUUUUCCAAGUCAGUUUUAAUCUAAAGGAAGUGCUACAUUAACCAACCUUAUAUCACUGAUCAUACAUAUAUGUAUGACAUGGAUGCUUACAUUAGCACAUGAUAUGUUGCUAUAUUUGGAGCUUAUCCAUAUUUUACACAUGAUUGGCCAGAUGCUUUGUGUAUACAAUGUAUUGUGAUCUAUUUUACUAAGUGUUUACUAUGCGUAAUAAGCACAUGUUGCAUGCAUGAAUAUGUUGUUUUUUUUGCUCUAGGUAAUUAAUUAAUGUGAUUUAUGUUCCAAGAUUAUAGACAAUUUUACAUUUGGAAUUACAUGUGUUUCUAAAAUACUGAGAAAAUAAAGCACCGAUAUUAUUAUCCAAAAUGUAUUGACAUACAUAUAUUUUUGUACUUAGACAUGUGUCAAUCCAUGCACGUAUUGGGCAAACACAAAUUUGGAUACCUGUUUUUGUGUCUUUCGCCACAUCCAAGUUACAAAUUCCAAAGGAAUAAUCUUGAAUUAAUGUGUAUAGUUAACAUUUCAAUAAUUCAUACCCACUGCCAUAGCAUUUUUUGCAACAUUAUUGACAAAUUAUUAUCUAAUGAAUGAAACAUGUGAUUGAUGCGUAGUAAAUUUGUAGUAAAAUAGAUCACAUCUCAAAAAUCAAUUGGCCAAUCCUCCCAAUGCAUCAUGGAUAAUAUGUCCAGAUCCUUAUAUAGCAAAUCAACUUGACCUGCUAGGUGUAAAGGUCAGACAGAGAUGUUCCUAUAUGUUGGUGACAGGAAGGCUGAACUGUUUGAAGGAGUUAUGUGUGGGUGACAGGUGACAGGAAGGCUGUACUGUUUGAAGGAGUUAUGUGUGGGUGACAGGAAGGCUGAACUGUUUGAAGGAGUUAUGUGUGGGUGACAGGAAGGCUGUACUGUUUGAAGGAGUUAUGUGUGGGUGACAGGAAGGCUGUACUGUUUGAAGGAGUUAUGUGUGAGUGACAGGAAGGCUGUACUGUUUGAAGGAGUUGUGUGGGGGUGACAGGAAGGCUGUACUAUUUGAAGGAGUUAUGUGUCAUGAGUGACAGGCUGAAGGCUGUAUGUAUUCAGUAAAUAAAUGCUCUUGUAUAUGU